CACUCAGCACUGAAUAGAUUGCGGCGAUGCUGUGUUGCAGCGCCAGGAUAUACCGGUAUUUGUUUUAAUAAGAAUACAAAAUAUCGUUAAUAUAAAGUGACUGGUUGUUAUGUAUGCGAAUUAAUGCUUGAUUAUGCCAAGAAACAUUUUGCCAGGGCAAGCGUGAAUACGUUAAAAGCAUUGCGAGUGCGCUGUUAAAGUGCUCUACGGGCUCCAGACACGCUCAACUGUCUACUAACCCCGCCCACUUGUUGUGACAUCAUUUUCUUAUCCUUCUUUGGGCGACUAUGAAGGUAUGAAGAGGCAGGGCUCGAGAACGUCACAGGGUUGAAUGGAACUAUAGACAAGCAGUGUGUUGAUCAAGAGUCUGCUGCAGCACAUCACUGAGUAGAUAAUUAGAUUUCUGAGAUCUGAAUAAUCUUGUGUGACCAUGUGUGGGAUUUGGGCCCUCUUCGGCUGUGACAAGAGCUUCGAUGUCCAGUGUUCAAACAUUAUGAAGGUUGCACACAGGGGGCCUGAUGCGUUUCGAUUUGGAAAUGUCGACGGCUUUACCAAGUGCUGGUUUGGAUUCCAUCGACUUGCAAUUGUUGACCAGUUGUAUGGCAUGCAGCCUUUGCGUCUGCAGAAAUUCCCUCAUCUCUGGCUGUGUUACAAUGGAGAAAUUUAUAACCAUAAGCAGGUAAAGAAGCACUUCAAAUUCGAUUUUCAGACUGAAGUCGAUGGAGAGAUCAUUAUUCACCUCUACCAGAUGUGUGGAAUAGAGCAAAUGACUCGCAUGUUGGACGGGGUGUUCGCCUUCAUCCUCCUGGACACAGCCAACCGGAAAGUGUUUUUGGGAAGAGAUACUUAUGGGGUCCGUCCCAUGUUUAAACUGCACACAGAUGAUGGUGUUCUUGCUGUGUGCUCUGAGGCAAAAGGGCUCAUUAACAUUGGCCAUUCAAUGUCUACGACCCCUCAAAUAACCCCGUUUCCCCCGGGCCACUAUGAAGUGUUUGAUAUAAAGGAGGACCAGAAAGUGAAAUUUGUGGAGCGCUCCAGAUUUCACAGCUGUAAAGACGAACCACUGCAUACCAUCUAUGACGGCUUACCCAAGCUUCCAACAGAUUUUCAAUUGGAGACUGUUACAAGCAAUAUCCGUAUCCUGUUCGAAAAUGCAGUAAGGAAGCGCUUGAUGGCUCAUAGGAGAAUCGGCUGUCUUUUGUCAGGGGGCUUAGACUCUAGCCUUGUUGCUGCACUUCUGCUGAAACUUUCUCAUGAAGAUAACUUCCAAUAUCCGGUCCAGACUUUUGCAAUAGGAACAGAAGACAGUCCUGAUGCGUGUGCAGCUCGCAAGGUUGCAGCUCACAUUGGCAGCGAGCAUCAUGAAGUGCUUUUUACACCUGAAGAUGGCAUUAAGGCCAUAGAAGAGGUCAUUUUUUCUUUAGAGACUUACGACAUCACAACUGUGAGAGCAUCUAUUGCCAUGUAUCUGGUGUCCAAGUACAUUAAAGAGAAAACGGAUUCCGUGGUUAUUUUCUCUGGGGAAGGCUCAGACGAGCUCACACAGGGUUAUAUUUAUUUCCACAAAGCACCAUCUCCCAAAGAAGCUGCAGAGGACAGCGUGCGCCUUCUUAACGAGCUCUACAUGUUUGAUGUCCUCCGUGCAGACAGAACCACAGCUGCUCAUGGCCUUGAACUGAGGGCGCCAUUCUUGGAUCAUCGAUUUACUGCAUAUUACCUGUCAUUGCCUGAAGAGCUGAGGGUCCCAAAGAAUGGGAUUGAAAAGCAUCUUCUGAGGGAAGCUUUUAAUGACACUGCACUCCUUCCUCAAGAGAUUCUGUGGAGAAGAAAGGAGGCGUUCAGUGACGGUGUCUGUUCAGAUAAGAAGUCUUGGUAUUCUAUGUUACAGGAGCACAUUGAAUCUCAGGUAACGGAUGACCAGCUUGAAAAGGCAGCAGAGAGAUUUCCGUUCAACGAGCCAAAAACAAAAGAGGGAUAUUUCUACCGGCAGGUGUUUGAAAAGUUUUACCCUGGCAGGGCGGAGUGGCUGACUCAUUAUUGGAUGCCCAAAUGGGUCAAUGCCACUGAUCCUUCUGCACGCACACUGCCAAUUUACAAACAGGAAAAUGGAACACCUAAUGAUGGGGUGGAGGCUGGUGGUAUUCAUUUAAAUCAUUUUACAACAUAAAGUAAUCUUGUGUUACUAUUGCGCAAAUGGGUUUUCAGCAGAUACACAAAGUAUAUGUUGAUAUUUUUGAGCUGUUCAUUUAUGGGGAUUUAGUUUGGUAGAUUAACAUGUAAAUUUUUAAUAAAGUUAAUGGUGAUCUUAUAGCAACUAAACAUGUAGUUAUAACAAAAUCAAUAAAAUCCAAAUAAAUAAAUAAAAUACAAAUGGGAAUUGUGUAUUUAAAAGCAUUUCUUUUAUUACUGUUCUUAGUAAAAUGUCUCUUUUUGUAUUUGUACUGUGCUAUUGAUUUACCAGACCCUGUACAUUGUAAUAUUCAGUGAACAAAUCAAAACAAAGAAUAAAAAUACAUUAAAAAAAAAAAA